AUGACACUGGUGUUAAGGAUCUUUCGCAGUUCAGCAUGGAGUCGUGCCUGGCGCAGUCUAGCAGCCUUUUUGCUUGGUCUGUUUCUUGCCUUCUCUUAUGGUGCAACAGCAUUAUACAUACAGAAACAUGCUCUCUGGUACUGCAUCAUCACCACGGUAACCAUGGCCGGCUUUACUGCGUUUGGAAUGGGUCUGUCCGUUAAUGUACGUGCCAACAUCACACUCAUGCUUCCCAUGCUGUGCUCCAGGGAAGGUAAAAAAAUCCUGCUCUUCCUCAUCAUUACCCUUGUGGUUCAAGGCCCGUUGAACAACACUCUUGAAAACUUUGAUCGAGCAGCAGCCAGCGUAUUGUGCGGAGCCGAGUUUGCCGUGAACCAAACCCAGCAACUCAUGCAGAGAGCUGCCACUCCUCUGUUGCCUGUGCUAGAAAAGGUAAGGGAGGUCAGCAGGAAUGCCUACUCACUAGCAGGAAGAGUGCAGAACUUCAUCAGAGCCCUUACAGAGUCUGCACGUCAUGUCUCUCAUUCUCUGAGAAACGUGCUGCACUUCUUAGCGAGCAUCGGCGAUAUCUGUAACGCAAAGAUGGGGACACCGUAUAAGAAAUGUAACUCGGUGUUUGAUGAGGGCCGUGCCAACUGUAUGAAGCUGCUCUCAGUGUUCUCCUUCCUCUGCCACAUCGUGGAUGGCUUCAGGCCUCUCUGUGGCCUCACACGUGUUGGCGAGUUAUUCUGUGUCAUACCAUCAUAUAUUGGCAACCAUCUAAAGACAAAUCUGGCUGUCCCAAUUAUUGCAGCAUUUAAUCAAAUGAAGAAAGAGUUUGAGUUCAACAUGUCAGCCUCUGUGCAUUUUGAGAUGGAUAUAAACAGCAGUCAAUCUGUGCAUCAAAUGGCUCAGAAGAUCAUGGAGGAGGUGUCACAAGACAGAGAGCGUAUCCUGGAUCUUAUGGGUUUACUGACCUAUGUAGGCCUGUUUCUCCUGCUGUUCAUGUACUUACAGGCAGUCCUGUACAAAAAACACUACCUUCAUGUCGACGAUUUUGACAACCUCUACAUAACCGAGCAAUUUGAAGAGAUGGAUCGCAGGUUCUCUAGACAAGGAAAACCAGCAGUCCUGCCCCUCAGUGAGAAAGAGGCUGUGACCUACAUCACACCCAGUAAUUUGCGGUUGAUGGCCCGAGAGAAGAAGACAGUCAUGACUGGCCUGUUGUUCAUGCUUAGGCACAUGGUAAUGGGCUGUGUGGUGAUUGCCUUAGACCUCAUGGUGUUCUGGGUGUUUGACAUUCUGCAUUAUCACUCCCAAAAUGAAAUAGUAGUAAGAGCUCCUGUGGUUAUGGACAUAGAAGUGAAUGGCUCAGGCUAUGCUUCUGACAUCUUUAAGGAUAUUCUGGCCUCCUUUGACAUUCUUCAGAAAGGCAACAUUACAAUUCUGAGCAAAAAGUGCCUGAUGAAACCUCUGGAGCCCGAAUACCUGGUCUACCUAGUCAUUGGUUUUCUAUAUGGUCUUUUCCUUUUCAUGGUGCUUGCUGGAAGUUAUGCAAAACGACUGCAGAGGUUGGUGUGUGCACGGUACUACCCUCAGCGGGAAAAAUUGAGGAUUCUGUGGCUCCGCAGUCGUAUCCUCUCUCAGCGUGGCUCGCUAGGGAAAGCUUUGUUACGGGUGGUGGCCAUAGAAAAGGACAAGCAGGGAAAUGUCAGUGCACUGCAAACUUUGGCACUGCGUGUGCCAGGUGGUGGCACCAUAGCCAGAUUCCUGGGAUUGAAUGAUAAGUCAUGCCUGGCCUGUGGGAAAGCUGUGAAGGUCAAAGACAGCACAGAUGUGUACAUCUGCUCUACACAAACCUGCACAGGGUGUUUCUGCAUGCAGUGCUUCAGGGUAAUGGGGAACAUCUGUGCUGUCUGUAGGCCCCUGACAUUCCAGGAGGACUCUGAGUAUGAGCAAGACUCCAGCGACGAGGAGCAGGUCAGUCUGAGGGAGGUGGCUACAACAUCAUCACACAUCGAUCAGAAUGCUGAGAUGAGGCUGAUAAACAGGCGUGUGUCUGUGGCAUCUGAAAACUGUAAAUUCUAG